AUGUUCCGAAUCCUUGAAUCGCAAGCUCCGGCCAAACAAACGGCAACGGAAACAAUCGAUGUUUUGAGUAGUAGGUUGCAAAGUGCAACCUUGUUGGAGGAUCGGCGCGCCGCUAUACAAGGACUGAGAAGCUUUGCGAAGCUAUUUCCAGCUUCAGUAGCUUCCGGAGGGCUACGACCUCUCAUCGGGUGUUUGCACAAUGAUCGCGAGGAUGUGGACACCACAAAAGUGGUCCUUGAGACCCUACUGAUGUUGUUUACCCCCGACGAGUCAAGUGUCAGUAAAUCUAACCACGAUGGACCUCCAACACGAAUUACUGACCAGCCCAUACAGCCCGAAGCAUCAGAUGAGAUUGCUUUAUGGUUGGCAGACGAAUUCACCCAGCGACAAGACAACAUCACAAUCUUAUUGGAUCUUCUGGAAACUCGAGACUUCUACUCGCGUCUGUAUUCCCUUCAAUUGAUGUCCCAGAUUUGUAGCGCCCGACCAGAACGAACACAAGAGUGCAUUUUAACUGCGCCUUUGGGGAUUUCGAGACUUGUGAAUGUGUUGGCAGACACAAGAGAGCCUGUGAGAAAUGAGGCCCUGAUUCUCAUGAUUGCUCUUACGCCAUCCUCGGAAGAGCUCCAGAAACUGAUUGCCUUCGAGAACGCCUUCGAAAUCUUAUUUUCACUUAUUGAAGCGGAGGGCGCAUUGACAAAUGGGACCGAGGUGGUUGAGGACUGCCUCACUUUGCUUGCCCACCUCCUCAAGUUCAAUGUGUCUAAUCAAUCAUUUUUCCGUGAAACUGGUUGCGUGAAAAAGGUCACCAAGUUGCUCCAUGAGUGCCAGCUGGAACCUCCCCAAGUCGAAGAUUCUUUAUCGCAAUGGAGCGCCCUGCGCAAGGACAAGAAUGUCUGGGGAUUGCUUGCAAUCAUUCAAUUAUUCUUGACUCGCGGUGGGAUCGGCACACCUGCGAACCAGACAACAUACUGGCAAAAUGGGGUGACGGAGCAGGUUCUCAGCAUCGCAUUUGGCCAAAAAUUCAGUGUCAAUGUCACAGCGAAAGCUCUGGCAACAUGUGCCGAUCUAAUUCGUGGAAACUCACCAUUGCAAGAGAGGUUUGGGGAUAUUGAAGUCUUGUGGGGUUCACGAGUGCCGAGCGACCAGGGUGUCAAUGGGCAAGCAAAUGAGCCAGAACGAAUUAAUGUCAUUGAAGCCUUCCUAAAGCUCAGCCUUCAGCCUUCUCCAAACAGCAUGCUUGAUGCAAGGCUCGCAGCAUGCGAAUGUAUGAAGGCGUUCUUCGCCAACCAUCCAGGUAUUCGCAUGCAUGUGCUCAAGAGAGCGAUUGAAGGUCAUAUCAGUGGACAUGACAGGAUUCCCAAUAUCCUUUCAGUGUUGCUUACUGCUCCGGAAGCCAGGGGCAACGCUGACCCCUAUCAAGUCUGGAUGGCAUCUGUACUCUUAUUCCACCUGAUUUUCGACAGCGCCGAAGCUAAGGCGGUUACUAUGGAAGUUACAGAAGGCGAUGCUGAGAAUGGAGAGGAAGUUGUUACUAGCGUCCAAUCCAUUGUGAGCAACUUGAUCACCGGUUUGCAGCGUGGUGAUGAUGAAAGAAUUACCGUUGGCUAUCUCAUGCUGCUCUGUGGCUGGCUUUUUGAAGACCCAGACGUCGUUAAUGAUCUCCUGGUUGAAGGAAGCAGCAUCCAGGCACUCCUGCAAGAAAUCAAGCACCCGCGGACACCAAGUAGACUGAUUCCCGGUCUUUGCACAGUGUUGCUCGGUAUCGUCUACGAAUUUUCUACGAAGGAUUCUCCGAUUCCUCGGGUGACAUUGCACAAAUUACUCAUCGAUCAGCUUGGCCGAGAGCAAUACAUUGACAAAAUCACCAAGUUGCGAGAAUGCCCCUUGGUUCGUGACUUUGAAGUUCUGCCACAGACUGCUGCCGGUCAAUUGGAUGGGCUACCAGAAGUGUUCUUUGACCGUUCCUUCAUUGAAUUUCUGAAGGAUAAUUUCAGUCGUUUGAUUCGCGCGAUCGAUCGUGAGCCUGGUUUUGAAGUUUCUGUUGUUGCGAAUGGGGUUGAAAAGGGUGUGUCGAGGGAACUAGUGGACUCUUUACGUGCUGAGUUGGAGGACCGCACUCAGAGUAUCCAAAAGCUGGAGUCGGACCUUCUGACUCUGCGACAAAAGCUUGAUCAAGAAGAACAGGAUCAUAGAAAAACAAAAGAAUCAGGGGUUCUCGAACUAUCUCGAGCACAACAGACACUCCAGUCGGCCGAAUUUUCCCACAAGCAAAAGUUGCUUCAGCUGGAAGAACAACAUAAACAAUCGAAGAACGAGCUUCUCAAACAGCAUGGGGAACAACUUCGAGCCAUCGACAACCAGUUGAAACAGGCCUCGAGCGAGUAUGAGCGAAAGAGCACAAAAAUGCAGGAACAUCACAAGCAGGAGAUUGCUGGUUUGCAAAAGACUAUCCGAGACCUGGAACUUGCACUUUCAAACGCUCGGGAGCAGCACACACUUGACCUCACUUCUUUGCAAAAGCGCGCCCAGGAGCUGGAAGGCAUUAUAAGCCAGUCAAAAGAGUUGAAUGCUGGUCAAGUUGCGGAUCUCGAGAACAAAGUUCGAGGCGCGGAAUCCGCACUUGCGUCGGCAAAGCAUGAGCACGAGUCCGAAACCACUCGCCUCAGGCAGUCUCUUGCACAGGCCGAAUCCGAUCUUGAGAAUGCGAAGGCGAAGUCUUCUGAAGAACUUUUGAAGGCCAAGCAGGAUUCGUUGUCAACGAUCUCAGCGCUGGAAGCUCGUAUCACAGCUGCGGAGCAGGCAGCACAGGAGGCUCAGUCAAAAGCCACAGAAGAGUCGACCAAUAGCAUCGAAGCAGCCAACAAAGCCUCCUUGUCCAAGCUUUCUGCCCUGGAGGCCCGCGCUGUGGAAGCUGAAAGGAAAGCAAAAGAAGCCGAAUCACAAGCUAAAAAGACGGAGAAUGCCCUCAAAAAGAUUCAAGCUCAACUUGAGAAGGUCCAAGAGGAGGCGAAAGAAAAGGAAGAAGCUCGACAGGCGACGCAAACUGAACUGGACGACUUACUGAUUGUGUUUGGAGAUCUAGAAGCGAAGAGGGCAGAAGAUAAGAAACGACUUAAGGAUCUUGGUCAAGAAGUCUCAGAAGGGGAAGACGAAGAUGACGAAGAUGAAGAGGAUGACGAAGAAUAG